GUCGAGGGAAAAUUGCAAGUCUGGUUGGAGUGGAAGGGGGACAUUCGCUGGGAAACUCCCUGGGUGUGCUGAGGAUGUAUUACGAUCUGGGAGCGCGCUAUCUCACUCUCACCCAUACUUGUCACACUCCCUGGCUGUUGUUUGGGUACAGAGGAAAUGGAUCCACCAACAGAAGAUGAGAACCAAGGACUUUCUUACUUCGGAAGUCAGGUGAUAAGGGAGCUGAACAGACUGGGCAUGCUGGUGGACCUGAGUCACACUUCGGUUCGCACCAUGGAGGAUGCUCUCAACGUGUCCAUAGCACCCAUCAUAUUCUCGCACUCAUCCGCCUUCGCCCUCUGCAACUCAACUCGCAAUGUCCCUGACCAUGUGCUCAAACUGGUGGCCUUAAACGGUGGAAUUGUAAUGGUGAAUUUCUACUCAUAUUUCAUUACUUGCAACCAGUCUUCAUCGUUGGAAGAUGUCAUUGCGCAUAUUAAUCAUAUAAGGAGUGUAGCCGGUGAAGAUCACGUGGGUAUUGGAGCCGGCUAUGAUGGAAUUAAUUCGACUCCGAAAGGGUUGGAAGAUGUGUCUAUGUAUCCUCAUUUGUUUGCUGCGCUGAUGGAGGACCCAACGUGGACGGAAGAGCAACUCAAGAAAUUAGCUGGUCUCAAUUUCCUCAGGGUCUUCUCAACGGCUGAACAGGUGAGAGAUAAGUGGAAAGAUGACGGACUAGGCACAGUGGAAGACUUAUUUGUGGCUUCAGCACAAGUGCGACCCCCGUCAGAUUGUGUCUACGAGGGCUCAUGAUCCUAGUGCAGAGUAGGUCCACGAUUUAUUCCUAAUA